AUGUCGACUCUCCUCCCCCCUCCCAAGCGACAGAAGUCUGCAUACUCGCAGUCACUCAAGCCGCGCGUGCCGACGCCCGAGCCCACUCCCGUCCCGUCUGUGGUCGUCCAGUUCAGGUCGGCCGAGGAUGGGUCGAACCUCGGUCCAGCGAUCAACUUGCCUGCGGACACUGGAAGGGAUGCGCUGCAGAUGCUUGUGAACAAGCUGAGGGGCGAGGCCGAAGACCCCCUUCCAUAUUCCUUCCACCUCAUCCCCAAGUCUGCCAACGCCGUUACCUCGGCCACCAGGGUCCAGAUCAACAAGUCCAUCCUCGCCGACGCCAUCAACCCACCUGCGUCCACCUCUUCCGCUACCUUCUCGCCCGAAGAUGUAUUCGAGCUAUGGUGUGAGCCACAGGCGGUAUUUAGGGUACGAAGCGUCGGCAGAUGCAGUGCCACCCUCAGUGGUCACGCUUCACCCAUCCUCUGCUGUGCGCACUCGCCAACCGGAAAGUACGGCGCGACUGGCUCCGGGGACGCGACGUGCCGGAUAUGGGACAUGGAGAUGGAGACACCCAAGUGGACUUUAUCAGGACACAAGGGAUGGGUACUUUGCGUAGAGUGGGACUCGAGGGAGAAGAUCGUGGCUACGGGUGGGCAUGAUGGACAGGUCCGUCUCUGGUCCCCGCAAACAGGUCAAGCUCUCGGUCAGCCCCUCCUCGGGCAUACCAAAUGGAUCACCUCGCUCGCUUUCGAACCCCUCCACCUCCUGUCGGCUAAGAACCCCUUCCCUCGGCUCGCUUCGUCCAGUAAGGACGGAACAGUCCGGGUCUGGAAUACCGCUACGAGGACACUGGCGUUCGUCUUGACGAGUCAUGGAGCUAGUGUGAAUGUGGUCAAGUGGGGAGGAGACGGUGUGAUCUAUACGGGGAGCUCAGAUAGGACAGUGAAGGUGUGGAGUGGAGUCGAUGGGAAGCUUAUACGGACGCUAUCAGAACAUGCGCACUGGGUCAAUACGAUGGCGCUGUCGACGGACUUUGUGCUCAGGACCGGGCCAUUCGACCACACGGGCAAGGCACCCAAGGACGACGAAGAAGCCAUCGCAUGGGCGCAGAAACGUUACACCGCGCAUAUCGCCGCUUCUCCCGAAACCCUCAUCUCUGGUUCCGAUGACCAUACCCUUUUCCUCUGGCCCCCACAAGCCGCUUCCUCCUUCACUAGCACCGCCACUCCCAAGAAGCCACUCGCCCGGCUCACAGGCCAUCAGAAGCAAGUGAACCACGUCGCCUUCUCUCCCGACGCGCGCAUGAUCGCUUCGGCUGGCUUUGACAAUAGCGUCAAGCUGUGGGAUGGGCGUACCGGCAAGUUCAUCGCUAGUCUCCGCGGGCACGUCGCUUCGGUGUAUAGGGUCGCGUGGAGUGCCGACUCGCGUAUCCUGGUUUCGGCAAGCAAAGACUCGACGUUGAAGCUGUGGGAUCUCAGGACAUUCAAGAUCAGGCUGGAUCUUCCGGGUCAUACCGACGAAGUAUACUGCGUAGACUUUAUCGCGGACAAGGUGGUCAGUGGCGGGAGGGACAAGACUGUCAAAAUGUGA